UUUAGUAAUCUGCUCUUAGAUUUGUCGAUACGCAGUGAUGUUGUGUGUAUGGUGUGCUUUCUUUUCACAUACUGUGGAAUUCAGAUUAACACUAGCUACGCAGUCCCAGGUCAGUCAUAUCUCAUUUUCUUCUGAGGUUCUAGAGACAGACUGAGAUUGUAGAUUUAAAAGUGUUUCAGACGUGAGCCUGUGUAUACCAAGUUUAUGCUGCUGCAUAUUGGCAUAUAAUUGUUUUUGGAAAGGUUUCCUUCUCACCCUUACGAUUUGUUGAGGUAUGCGUGAUGACACACAGGACAUGAUCUCACAGCCUGGUUAUUAUGAGGAACUGGUUUCUAAAACGUUUUCUUUACAACAAGUAGCCAACACAUUAAAGUCUAGUAUUGGUUGUAUCAAAGAGAUCGAAGUCAGCACAAAAAUGAUGAAAUGGAGAUCGCUGUCUGUUCUGCUUUGUUUUCUGUUCUUGACUGGAUUAUGUAAUGGAUGCCUAGCGCCAGGCGGAGAUUAUAGCUUCAGAUUACGACUGACAGAAAAGCUUGUCGCCACUGAGAGAGGACGUGCCUGGAUCCCCUGCGCUUUUACUGCUCCAAUGAGAGCGCUCUCCGGCCGACAGGUCUGGUUCAGAGGCAGUCCUGAGUUCCCCCUCAGCCCCGCCGAGGUGCAGAAGAGGGAUGGGCUGAUGAGACCCAUGAUUUCCACGGAAUCAGAAUGCAGCGUUGUUUUGCGGGACGCGCGGGACACACCCGAGGAAUACGGGUUCAUGUUGGAAUGGGGAGCGAACGAAAGACACGUUUUCCCUGAUAGGGUUAAAGUGGCCUCAUGUGUUGCGAAAGUGAAGCUGACUCCAAGCACUUACUCCAAGGACCUUUUGGCUGGAGAGGAGACUGUUUUCAACUGUAGCCUUUCAAAUCACUGCCCUGGUAUUGAUCCAAAAAUAACCUGGAAAGGGCUCAGCUCCAAACCACUAGUAACACAAAAAUCUGAAAAAGAAAUGCAUGAAAAUUCAGGAUAUUCUGAACAGCUCCUCUAUGUACCCUUACCUGAGGAUCAUCAAGCAGAGAUCACAUGUGAAGCAACGUUUGGAAAAAAUCUGAGUGCAAGUGCUAAAACAAUUUUGACGGUUCACUAUCAUCCUCAGAUACUGAACAGCUCUGCAUGCUCUCUGCAAAAAGAUCAGCUCACUUGUGUAUGUGUCAGUCAGGGAGUGCCUUUGCCUGAUAUUCACUGGCCUCUGCUACAAAGCACACGCCAUCUUACUAAAGCCAGAGCAUCGUACACCUCUGUAAGAAGUACCUUCACAAUGACUGUCGUGAACUUCACAAGUAACAGCACCGUCAUGUGUGUCAGCAGAAACUACCUUGGUCGGGCAAAUUUGACUCUUCCAGUCAACAUCACUGAAGGUCUUAGAAAUGCAUAUAGAUGGACAAUCAAAGGCCUGGAUGAAAGCAAAAUACCAGAAACUAAAAGAGGAGCCCUACAGCUCACUGGAAGAGAAAGCAGAGACACUUAACACUGAAAACGACAUAAAAACACCAUGAAUCAACACUGGACUGGUUUCCUUGAGCGGCAUUUAUACUGAUAUUUUCAGAGAUCUGCUCAACUAAGAUUAAUAAGGCACUUAAACCUUGAAAAUUGGUUUUCUGUAAUUCUUUAAAAUGGUCAUGACCUCCUGGUAUUUUCAUUUGUUAAAUGACUAAUGCCAUUCUGUGGGUACUCAAGAGCUUUAGACUGAUGCAGAGUCAUUUCUUAUGCUGGUAGCCUGCUAAACUGAUGAAUCUAAAAAAGGUUAAAUUCUCAGGGGCAGCAGUGCUGUGUGAAAUGUGUUGAUAGAAUUAUAUGUUAAAAAUGUGUGCCAUUUGGAAAUUGUGUUCCUUUUAUGUGUCAUAAGAAUCAGUUUUAAAGCUUCAUAUCGUGUGUUGACCCUCAAAAUGACCCCUCCGUAUGCAUAUACAUCCAUAAACACACUGGAGACCAAA